UCCCCCCCACACACACACACAAUGGUAGCGUCCGGCCCGCGCUGGGCUUCCCAGCCCGUUCCGGCCCGGUUCGCCCCGGCCGCGCUCGCUCCUGCGGGUGGAUGCUGCUGCGCCUGUCCGAGCGGAACAUGAAGGUACUGUUCGCCGCCGCACUCCUCGUGGGCUCCGUCUUCUUCCUGCUGUUGCCUGGACCCUCCGUGGCCGAUGAGAAGAAGAAAGGACCCAAAGUCACCGUCAAGGUGUACUUUGACCUACGUAUUGGAGAUGAAGAUGUAGGCCGGGUAGUCUUUGGUCUCUUUGGAAAGACUGUUCCAAAAACAGUGGAUAAUUUUGUGGCCUUAGCUACAGGAGAGAAAGGAUUUGGCUACAAAAACAGCAAAUUCCAUCGUGUGAUCAAGGACUUCAUGAUCCAGGGUGGAGAUUUCACCAGGGGAGAUGGCACUGGAGGAAAGAGCAUCUACGGUGAGCGCUUUCCCGAUGAGAACUUCAAGCUGAAGCACUACGGGCCAGGCUGGGUGAGCAUGGCUAACGCAGGGAAAGACACCAAUGGCUCCCAGUUCUUCAUCACUACAGUCAAGACAGCCUGGCUAGAUGGCAAGCACGUCGUGUUUGGCAAAGUUCUAGAGGGCAUGGAGGUGGUUCGGAAGGUGGAAAGCACCAAGACAGACAGCCGAGACAAGCCCCUGAAGGACGUGACCAUCGCAGACUGUGGCAAGAUCGAGGUGGAGAAACCCUUCGCUAUCGCCAAGGAGUAGGCCCCAGGGACCUCUGACCUCUGACCAGCUCUCUGUGUGCAGGCCCUGCACCCUGGUGGGGGUGGGGGUGGGGUGGGGGGGAGCCCAUCAUUGGGCUCCACGCUGCACUGGCCCUGGUGCUGGUGUCUUGACUGUUGGACCCACUUCCCCUCACAUUCCAGGCCCAAUUUUAUAACAAACUACCAAUGCUGACCAAUAAUAAAGUGGGUUUUGGUUUUGUUUUU